UCAAACUCAAAAGUUAUUUUGGGAAGCGUCCGCUGCGGGCCCGCUGAAGUAAAAAAAGUUAGAAAUAACUUUAACAGCUAUAAAAAGCCAUUAAAAACGUUACUAAGAAUGCAUCUUAUUUAAAAACAACUUGUUUAUUUAAGAGAAACCAAAGCACGGCUUGUUGAAACCAACUUCGUCGUCAUUGCAAGUGGCAGUCUGAAUGGUUGUAAGGCCGGCUAACUAUUUUCUCAUCGUAUGGCAUUUGUAUUAAAGAAAAUAAACAAACAUGUCGGACGCUUGGGAAGAGAUCCAAGCUGUUAAAAGCAAAAGGAACAGUCUGCGCGAGAAGUUGGAGAAACGUAAAAAAGAACGUCAGAAUAUCUUGAGUUCUAAUUUGGUUGGCGGCGAGAAGUCUGAGGGAUCGCCCGGCGGCGGCAAGGAGCGCUCCACAGCUAGCCCGUCAACACUAAAGCAUGAAGUGACACCAGAUAAGCCAAAAGUAGUGGUCCCAUCAGCCUCCUUAGAGGUGCAACUCCUUCAAGUGUUGUCGGACAUGCAGUUGCAACUACCUGCCACAGCCAGCGCACUCCUCCCUGGCCUGGGUGACGUUGAUGCAGGGAUCGUAGCCAGCCUGCUUCAAAAGUUCGCUACUCAGAAGCUUAUUACGAUUAAAGAAAGGACAGAGAGUACAACAGAUGCAAGCAUAGAGGUUGUAAGUGCCGAGUCCGUGAGACUGGCCGCCGUGCUAGCAGCACUUAUGGAGGAACAAACUUCUGGCACUAAGAGAAAAGGUGACAGUAAAUCAGAAGAAAGCACAAAUCCUAAAGUAUCAAAAACAGCAACAGAUGAAAAGAAAACUGGUAAAAACGACACAGAUAUUAUGUCAUUACUAGCAAUGCCGUCGAGCAGAGAGAAAGCUGUUAAAAGAGUGGGUGAAGAGAUAAUGGAUUUGCUCAGCAAGCCAACUGCCAAGGAGAAGUCACUGGCUGACAAGUUUAAGAGCCAAGGAGGAGCACAAGUGAUGGAGUUCUGUCCGCACGGCACCCGCGCGGAGUGCGAGCGAGCUCGCGGCGCCGACGCCUGCAACAAGCUGCACUUCAAGAAGAUCAUACAGCCGCACACUGAUGAGGCACUCGGAGACUGCUCAUUCUUGAAUACCUGCUUCCAUAUGGAUAGCUGCAAAUACGUGCAUUAUGAAGUAGACAAUUCGGACCCGAAUGUGAGCGCCCCCAAACCCGCCGAGACUGCGCCUAAGGCACAUAAUGGAACCACAGUAGCGACAAAGCCAGAUGGCGUGUUAACGCUCACACCGCCUCAAUGGAUACAGUGUGACCUCAGAUAUCUUGAUAUGACGUUCUUAGGUAAGUUCGCAGUAAUAAUGGCGGACCCACCGUGGGAUAUCCACAUGGAGCUACCGUACGGUACCAUGUCUGACGAUGAGAUGAGAUGUCUAGGAGUGCCACAGCUGCAAGACAGUGGACUUAUAUUCCUCUGGGUUACUGGCAGAGCGAUGGAGUUAGGCCGGGAAUGCCUCAAGCUAUGGGGCUACGAGCGAGUAGACGAGCUGAUCUGGGUGAAGACCAACCAGCUGCAGCGAAUCAUCCGCACCGGCCGCACGGGACACUGGCUCAACCACGGCAAAGAACAUUGUCUCGUGGGUAUGAAAGGCAGCCCGGAAAAUUUAAACCGUGGCCUGGACUGUGACGUCAUCGUGGCCGAAGUCCGCGCCACCUCGCACAAACCUGACGAGAUCUACGGCAUUAUUGAGAGGCUUAGUCCUGGAACCAGAAAAAUAGAACUGUUUGGCAGACCACACAAUGUUCAACCUAAUUGGAUAACUCUCGGUAACCAAGUGGAUGGCGUGCGGUUGGUAGACCCGGAUUUGAUCGGUGCCUUCAAAAAGCGUUACCCGGACGGCAACUGCAUGGCACCGCCGCCGCCCGACCCAGGCCUAGCCUAGCUUAGUAUUUAGACUUAUUCUAGAACUUUUAAGUCUUAUAAUAGGUCGCAAUGGUUAAAUGCGUAAAGCUUUAUAAAUGUGCUCAGUUUUUUUACUGUCUAAGGCCCAAGUUUACCGCCAACACGUCCGUGUUUUCUUAAAACAACUGUGUAAUUUGAAAAUUAAACGUGAACAUUCAUAGUACCUACUCAAACAAUUGUUUUAAGUAAAGCAGACGUUUACAUAACUUGGGCCUAAGCUAAACGGCUAUAUGCCAUGUAAAUAAAUUGUAAAUACAAUGUAAAUAAAACUAUUGAAUAUGAAAA